UUGACGUUUGUGCUGUUUUUUCUUGCGAACCAUUUGUUUACUCACGAAUCUUUCGCUGAACAAAUCAUGAAAAAUACACUUAGUAGAAGCUUGAAGAAAAUAAAAAUCACGGGAGUACCUUUCCCUCCUUAUUUAAAAAUGAAGAAGAUUAAUAACACAGUAGUAUUUGAUGGUAUCGAUUUUAAAUUUCUAAGUUUAGUCAUUCAAAAUUUAAAAAAUGUUCAAUAUGAAAUUAUUGAACCUGUUGAAAAAGUGUUUGGAAUUAAAUUAGACAACGGCUCGUGGAAUGGUUUAAUUGGAAGAAUACAAAGAAAGGAAGCUGAUCUUAGUGGAAUCAUGUUAUACGCGACGUACGACAGAUUUCAAGUAGUAAAAUUAACAGCUUAUAUUAGUAGUAGUAGGGUUCUAUUUGUUGUUUCUAGACCUAAACAACUGUCAAAACUAACAACAAUAAUAAGGCCAUUUUCAUUUGAAGGAUAUAGACAGAUGACUGGCAUGAAUCNAAAAGUGUUUGGAGUUAAAUUAGACAACGGCUCGUGGAAUGGUUUAAUUGGAAGAAUACAAAGAAAGGUAAGAAGAGUAAUAACAGUUCAAUUGAAUUUGUAA